GUCGCCAAGGUCACGAGAAGGACGUCGAUAGGCAGAUCUUGAGGUCGAGGAUAAAACCGGAAAGAUGUGGCAAUCUCUAACAAAGUCUAACGGCGUAAAUUGUAUUAAAAACAGCUUGAAAUCUCAGUUAUAUCUAAGGGAUUUUGCUAGCAAGAGAUGGAAUACUGCUCAACAUACAUUGGCAGUAAGAAAGAAGAUAGAAGAACUGAGGAAGAAAGCUCUGCUUGGUGGAGGAGAGAAAAGAAUUGAUGCUCAACACAAACGGGGAAAACUAACAGCUAGAGAGAGAUUAAAUGUUUUGUUAGACAAACAGUCUUUCAUUGAAUACGAUGCUUUUAUGGAACAUGAUUGUGCAGAUUUUGGUAUGGAAAACCAGAAGUAUGCGGGAGAUAGCGUAAUAACUGGUAGAGGCAAAAUCAAUGGUAGAACGGUUUUCGUCUUCAGUCAAGAUUUCACCGUUUUUGGAGGUAGUUUGUCUGGAGCUCAUGCCAAAAAAGUUUGCAAGAUCAUGGACCAAGCAAUGUUGGUUGGCGCUCCGGUUAUUGGUUUGAAUGAUUCAGGAGGAGCAAGAAUCCAAGAAGGUGUUGUGUCGUUGGCUGGAUAUGCAGAUAUCUUUCAGCGAAACGUUAUGGCUUCAGGAGUUAUUCCACAAAUUUCUUUGAUUAUGGGACCCUGUGCCGGGGGUGCCGUAUACUCGCCAGCUCUUACCGAUUUCACUUUUAUGGUUCAAGACACUUCUUAUCUUUUUAUCACUGGUCCUGAUGUUGUAAAAGCUGUAACUCAAGAAGAAGUUACUCAAGAAGAAUUAGGUGGAGCCAAAACUCACACUACAUUGUCUGGAGUUGCUCAUAAUUCAUUUGAAAAUGAUUUGGAUGCUCUUCUUCGUUUGAGGGAUUUGUACAACUUUCUUCCCCUGUCAAAUCAAGAUGAAGCCCCUGUUAGGAAAUGUUCUGAUCCAUGGGAUGUAGAUGUUCCGGGACUGGAUACUGUUGUACCUCUUGAGUCAACGGAAGCAUAUGAUAUUAAAGACGUCAUUAAAGGUGUAGCCGAUGAGGGUGAAUUUUUCGAAAUUAUGCCAAGCUAUGCGAAAAAUAUUGUAAUUGGAUUUGGCAGAAUGAAUGGCAGAACAGUUGGCUUUGUUGCCAACCAACCGAAGUCAGCAGCUGGAACAUUGGACAUUAACUCAUCUGUCAAAGCAGCAAGAUUCGUUAGAUUUUUGGAUGCUUUUAACAUUCCCAUUAUAACUUUUGUUGACGUUCCCGGUUUUCUACCAGGAACCCAUCAAGAGUAUAAUGGAAUUAUUAGACAUGGAGCCAAAUUACUGUAUGCUUAUGCUGAAGCAACCGUACCGAAAAUCACAAUAAUCACAAGAAAAGCGUAUGGAGGAGCUUAUGAUGUUAUGAGCUCCAAGCAUUUAAGAGGAGACAUAAAUUACGCUUGGCCGUCUGCAGAAGUUGCUGUCAUGGGGGCCCAAGGUGCCGUUAAGAUUAUAUUCAGAGGCAAGGAUGUACAAGAAAAAGAAGCGGAAUACAUUGACAAGUUUGCUAAUCCGUUCCCUGCAGCCACUAGAGGAUAUGUUGAUGAUGUUAUCGAGCCGAGAACAACUAGAAGGAGAAUCUGUCUGGACCUGGAAAUGUUAAGAACAAAGAAAUUGAAGAACCCCACGAAGAAACAUGGAAAUAUUCCUCUGUAG